GUAUUUAUUGAAAGCUCAGAGUCUCUAGAUCGUCACAUGGCAUAUACAGAUUCUCAUUUAUGGAAGCUUUUGGAUCGUCACGCAAAUACAAUCAGACUAUAUGUUUCAUUACCAGAGCAAUCACCUGGAUCUCAGUUUAGACGAGCAGUUUUGGGGAAGUCUAGUGGAGAUUUAGGCAACUUGGAUGAAACCUGUGAAAGAGUAAAAGGACCUGUAGGUAAUAUGAAAUCUGUAGAGGCAAUUCUGGAAGAAAGCACUGAAAAGCUUAAAAGCUUGUCUCUGCAGCAGCAGCAGGAGGGCGAUAAUGGAGACAGCAGCAAAAGCACAGAAGCCAGUGAUUUUGAAAACAUUGAAUCACCUUUAAAUGAAGUAGAUUCUUCAGCAUCAGCAGAAAACAGAGAACUUGAAAACCAAAUUCAGAUUUCCGAUCCAGAAAAUCUCCAGUCCGAGGAGCGGUCGGAUUCAGAUGUAAAUAACGACAGGAGCACAAGUUCAGUGGACAGCGAUAUCCUCAGCUCCAGUCACAGCAGCGAUACUUUAUGCAACGUGGACAAUGCCCCGCUUCCCUUGGCUAAUGGACUUGAUUCUCAUAGUAUCACAAGUAGUAGGCGAUCAAAAGCAAAUCAGGGGAAGAAAGAAACCUGGGACACAGCAGAAGAAGAUUCUGGAACAGAUAGUGAAUAUGAUGAAAGUGGCAAGAGCAGAGGAGAAGCACAAUAUAUGUACUUUAAGUCAGAGCCCUACACUGCAGAUGAAGGUUUGGGAGAAGGGCAAAAAUUGCUGAUGGUGCAUGUCGAUAAAAGAAUUACACUGUCUGCCUUCAAGCAACAUUUGGAGCCUUUUGUUGGAGUUCCCUCUUCUCACUUCAAAGUCUUUAGAGUCUAUGCCAGCAAUCAAGAGUUUGAGAGUGUUCGGCUGAAUGAGACACUUUCAUCAUUUUCUGAUGACAAUAAGAUAACUAUUAGACUUGGAAGAGCCCUUAAGAAGGGUGAAUACAGAGUCAAAGUUUAUCAGCUUUUGGUAAAUGAUCCAGAGCCAUGCAAGUUUCUUCUAGAUGCAGUUUUUGCUAAAGGCAUGACUGUCCGACAGUCAAAAGAGGAGCUACUUCCUCAGCUUCGAGAACAAUGUGGCUUAGACCUGACAAUUGACAGGUUUCGCUUACGAAAGAAAACCUGGAAGAACCCAGGCACUGUGUUUCUGGAUUAUCAUGUCUAUGAAGAAGAUAUCAAUAUUUCAAGCAAUUGGGAGGUCUUCUUAGAAAUACUUGAUGGAGCAGAAAAGAUGAAAUCCAUGUCACAACUUGCUGUUUUAUCAAGACGAUGGAGGCCAUCAGAGAUGAAACUAGACUCUUUCCAGGAAGUAGUACUAGAAAGCAGCAGUGUCGAAGAAUUAAAAGAAAAGUUAAGCGAAAUAAGUGGGAUAUCCUUAGAAAACAUAGAAUUUGCAAAAGGUAGAGGAACAUUUCCGUGUGACAUCUCCAUACUGGAGAUUCACCAGGACUUGGACUGGAAUCCAAAAGUGUCUACACUGAAUGUCUGGCCUCUGUACAUUUGUGAUGAUGGUGCAGUAAUAUUUUAUAGGGAUAAAACUGAAGAAUUAAUGGAAUUAACAGAUGAGCAGAGAAACGAACUGAUGAAAAAGGAAAGCAGCAGACUCCAGAAAACUGGACACCGAGUAACCUACUCUCCUCGUAAAGAAAAAGCACUAAAAAUUUAUCUGGAUGGAGCACCAAAUAAAGAUUUGACUCAAGACUGAUACUUGCUAUAGCAUUUUCCCUGGGGAAUUUUUUUGUUUAAAAUAAAAAGGUUCACUACUACUGUGUAGUGCCAUUACGGCAGGACACUCUUUAGGUGUAACGCGCUGACACCAGCACUGAUUGGGCUGUGUUACCAAUCAGAAGCGCAGUGCCCCGCUGGGUCACUGUUUGACUUGGAAUCAUGUUGUGCACUAUAGUCAAAUGUACUGUAAAGUUAAAAGGGAUGUGCAAAUAAAAGAUUAGAACUAAAAAGUGGGCGGGGAGGGAAAUGAGUGGAAAAUUUUGAGGACAGUGUGCACAUAGUAGCUAGUGAAACUAGCCUCAAACAGGAUACUCAUAGCUUAAUAAUAAAAGCUGUGCAAAGGCCAUGAAAGAAUCCUUUUCUCUGUUUGUUUCACUGAUACACGCAUUACCUCAUCAGAGAGUCUGAAGUAAAUGUUAACACAUUGGUUCUAGAAAAGCAGCAGAGAAGAGUCAAAGAUGAAUUGGGAGUGCUGCAAGUUUUAGAAUAUUCUUCCAUAAAACAGGUAGUCUGAGAGGUGUCUGCAGAAAGCUGCCAGCAGGUGUUGGUUCAUUUUGCAGAAGUGCUGUUGUAAGGUAAACUGGUUUUUAAUAGGUUACGGAAGCCGAUGAGCGGCUCUGUUACAUUGCGUUCAAUGUGUAAAUAAAAUUUGCCCUAUCCAUUUAACAGAACUGCAGCUCAGCUAUUUACCAUGGUAUUUCUUUUCACAUAUCAGCAUUCAUUGUGUACAUUUGGAAGUAUAGUUGCCUAUUUAAAUUUGUAUUCAUUUUAUGUUUGAUGCUGGGUACUUUAGGGUUGUAUUUCCCCUUGUUAAUGAAGUUUUUGUUUUGUUCAGCUACUUUUUGUACAUUUUGUUUUUGAAACUAUUAGAAGGUUGCAUCUUCUCCACCUACUUGGAAAGUCAUUUUCUUUUUUCCAGAGUUGAUUCUGUAGCUACAUGUAGUCAAAUGUUGGGGCAACCUCUAACACCUCGACGUACAAACUUGGUAGUUCAGGUUGUGGUGCAAAGACUGAUGCAGUCAACAUGAUUUCAUUGCAAAGCCUAGGAACAGCCAUUUUUUGCUUUAGUCCAUAAAGAUCAAUAGAGAACAAUUCUCCAUAGUUUUUGGAAAACCACCUAAUUUAUAACAAUCAAAAGAUUUUGGUAAACUUUUUCAUGCCAGAUGCUGUUUACAACAAUGAACAUGCCAAUAAAACAUUUGUUCAUUCUGUUGUGUUAUUUUAAUCAUUAAA